CUGGGAAGCUUUGCUCGUCGCAGUCACAAUAGUUUACCAUUCUACGGUCGCCAAAUUAUCCUCAAAUGCUUCGGAGGUGCUCCACUUAAUCUAAACACAUACAACAAGGGGUUCUUUGAACAGCCUCACACAAAGCUGGAGGAGGCUGGCCCUUGGCGUGCUAAUCAGUUUUUCUACAUCGUCGUUGCUGAGGUCGCUGCCGUCCCAAAGUCACCAUCCUCGUUCCUCGAUGAAAUCGAAAUGCUUCUUCCUGUCUCAGAUGAAGAACGGCAUCAAGGCAAGACGGACCAUUUUAACUUGACUUCACAAUAUCAAAUGCAGUUCUUUAUAAAAGAGAAGAAGCGACGUUGUCCGAUUUGUGCUUGUAGGCGCACAUUCAAAGAGAUUUGA